AGUUGCGUCUAGAAAUCGACGCUCGACGUCGGGUUUCCCUCAGUUACGCUUCUGUUCCUGGCGGGGUAGAAUAUGUCGUAGAAUUCGUGUAACAUACGUGACGUCACGUGUGGAAAAUCAUAAGGUUGUUGAAGGAUCGAAGGUCAAUUGAAAAGAAACCAACAACAGUGAUGCUUUUGAAAACAUGGACUUCAAGUGGCGUUUUGAACCGAAACAUUGAGUUAUCUACAGGAGAUGUACAUUAUUUUAUGCGGCUUGAUUUUGGGGUUUUUGCAUUUGACCUCUGGUGGACACAUAGAAACGGUUUCAGCUAGUGGCUGUGAAUCUUGCAGUAUUUAUUUAACUUGUAAACGCUUCACGUCAAUUAUUGGGAUAUUAGAAACAACAUUCGUUCCUGAUGCUAAUACAUCGUUAGAUGUUUCAACAACUUUUCCUAUUGAGAAUCCCAGACAAUGCCUUAGCCAUAGAUGUUCUGGAAAUAAUCAUUGUAGUUUUAUUCUUUAUGAAGACUGUCCUGGAGCUAGAGAGAGUUUGGGAGAAGGAACUUUGUAUGUGAAAUACGCUUGUAUUGCAGAAGAUCGAGUGGUGAAAUACUGCAAUCGUGAGAUCAUUCUUCCAGAUCCAAAUAAUGUUGGGAUAUCCGAAGGUUUCAUCAGAAAUCCCGGUUAUCCAAGAUUCUACGGUGGUCAGUCGCCAUGCAGAUGGAAAAUUAGAGUACAUAGUGAACAAAGGAUUCAGCUAACGAUACUCGAUAUUUCAGUUAUAGUGGACAACCCCCAAACAGAAGAUGACUGUACCGGAGACAGACUCGAAAUAAUAGACUCGGACAUCGUUGUUUAUUCGACGUGUCACCAGAAGGAGCCACCAAAGGAAUACCUAUCCAUAUCAGAAACUUUGGAGAUAGUGCUCUACUCCUCCCAAAGACUGACACCCCUUAGGGGUAUAUUGUUACACUACACUGCCGUUGGGUGCCCAACUAUCAUACCGCCAGCAGACAGCUAUCUGGUGCAUAUAGAUGACACUUCCGCAACGUUUUCCUGUUGUGUUGGAUACGUUUUUCCAGACACCGGAUCUAGGAGCAGGGAAUUGAUCUGCGAAGGGUCGAGCUGGAGCGAGACUAUGCCUUUGCCCAAUUGCGAACAAUUGGAAGUUGCUGGUGUAGCUGAACCAUUACCGAGAUAUCCAGAAAUCAUGGCCACAGAAUUGAUCAUACCUGCUAUCAUCAUAGUAGCACUUUUCGUCAUUAACAGCGUCGUACUAUUCUUCAUCAACAAAGCGAGAAAAAGAAAUGAAAUCAAGCACGAAAAUGAAGAGCUAGGAGCCUUAAAUUCUGCAGAAUUAUCUGCCGUUGUAACGUAGUACAUACUAGAAAUCAAUCUCAAUUAUUAAUUUAAUAUGCUCAUAAAUGUUCUAGAAUACAUAUACAUUUUUUAUAUUUUCUCAGUGUUAAACCAAAAAUAAAAUUAAAAAAACUUGCAAACUA